CGUUGCACCCCUCGUGGAACUACAUAAUUUUCACAUGAAUCAAUAGAUAAAAAUUUACUUUAUCAGAAUCCGUUGUUCCCCAAGCGAAACAGGUGCACAAUUGGGAGAACAAUCCCUCCAAAGUUUUAUAUAUUCGCGCUUCGAAAUAUUCGAACCGCCAUUGUUUUAGUAGCAAAUACGCAUGCGCUUGUCAGCCAAACUCGCACUGCGCACGCGCAUAAGCACACACAUGCUUCAAAGUGGAAACACGCUUAGUUAUGCAAAACAAUCAUGGCUGAAAAUAUUUAUAAAACUCGAAUAUCCUCAUGUUUUAUUCAUUUUGUUGGCGUUACGGAGCAACUUUGCAAAGUUACACGCCAAGGGCUUAAGAAAUGUCUUGAGUGUAGGUCUAAAUGGGCCAAACUUAAAUGUCAACAAGCUGAAAUAGCUAAGAAAUCGUACGAGAACAUCGAUGACGGAUCUGUCAAUUCAUACAUGGAGAACAGGAGAAGAACCCUGACAGCAUUAACUUAGAAUGGUACCAUCGUAUGAAAUGCUGGAAGAGAUUUUCUGAUGAAGAGAAUAUCCGUAGACAACAGCGAAAAGAAGAAAAAGGAGAAGGAACUAGCUCUAAAACUGUAACUUCUACCGAAGAACUACAUGUGGAAGUGGAACCAAUAGAACCAAGACGAAAAAUUACACGCCAAUCAGUCGCAGGCGUUAAUAAGACCUUGCCUAAAAGAAACGAGUCCAGAGAUAUGUAUUGUUUGUGGAAGAGACGCCUCUUGGUCCUCACUAGACAAGGUAACUAAGAAGAGAAAAAGAACCCCACUCAUGUUGGCAGAAAUAAUUGAUGCUGGUCUUCUACGUACAGCUGCCGAGAGAAAGAAUGAUGAACGGAUACUUGUGCAAAUCCGGGGGAAAGACUGUGUAGCACUGGAAGUCCCCUAUCACAAAGUUUGCUACUGCAAUUAUACAAAAUUUCUCACCAGAGAGACAAAGAAGCAAUUGGAGAUUGAAAGAUCUACAUAAGUGUACGAGAAGUCUUAUGAUGUCUUCUGUAAGAAAGUAAUCGAGACUGAGGUCAUUGCAAAUAAGCAAAUAAGGUAUAUGAAAGAUUUGCUGGAGAAAUUUGUUGUCAUUGCUAAGGACACCGAGAAUGUGGAUGCAUCUAAAUAUAGAGCUUUUAAACUCAAGCAACAACUGAUGAAAAGUUAUCCCCAACUUGUGUUCUAAGUACCGAAAAUGAGAAAUGUUAGUGAGAUUGUAUAUGUGGAAAAUUUGGAUUCUUCCGAAUUGGUUGAGGAACAUAUGUCAAACAAGUCAGAAAACAACGAUGAAGACUUUGAUGAAGAGAGCUACACCGGUACCAUUGAUGAUGAUGAUCUGAAUUCCAACACAGAAACUGAGGAAAAUUCGAGAGUCAAUGAGUUACAAAUUCUAUACAAUGCUGCAUUGAUUCUUCGCCAAAAGGUCCAAGAUAUACCAAAACUGAAUCUUCGUUGGCCACCAUUGGCAUCUGAUUUGACAAUGGAUAAUGUGCAAAAAGUGGUUCCAUGUGAACUUUUUAAUGUCUCGGCUUGGACUUGUGGAUUCUCUUCAGAGCCAACUUUAAGCUUUGUUAGUGAUGUUCCAACUACUCUUGCAUGGGAUAAUGAUGAUUUCUCAGAAGAAACUAGAUCUGGCAAAGGGACAACUCACAUCACUGGGGGCAUUAUCAUUCAAAGGGAACAAAGUGCAAGUACUGAGUUACAGAAACGGGAUAGCAUUCCAAGGCUAUAUUUAAGCGAAAUAUUUAACUUGUUUCUUGAUUGUGUGAGUUGUAUGUAUAUUAUAUAUUCUCCAUCCUGUUUGAUACAGGUGGGUUUUUUACCUCACAAUUUUUUAUUGAAUUAAGUUGUUAAUAAGUAGAAUUAUACGUUAAAACGGUAUUUUGAAACAAUAGCCAAUGAAUUGAAGUGAUUUAGCAUAUGAGCAAGCAAAAUGUACAAUGUGUUUUAACAAUAUUUAAUGUGUGUGUAUUUAUUCGUUAAUAUUACAAGGUUUGAUCUUUAUUCCGUGAUUUUAUUUUGUUAUUUUUACACGGGAAAUCGGGGAAAACCCACAGGGAAAAUCCAUUUUUCCUGUCUGCGCGUGCGCAGUGCGAGUUUGGCUGACAUGCGCAUGCGUAUUUGCUACUAAAACAAUGGCGGUUCGAAUAUUUCGAAGCGCGAAUAUAGCAAACUUUGGAGGGAUUUUUUUCCCAAUUGUGCACCUGUUUCACUUGGGGAGCGACGGAUUCUGAUAAAG